AUGAUGACUCUAAAACCUAUGACCUUGUAUCAGCAGCAAGCAAAGUGCUCAAUCUCAAUGCUGGCGAUAUUCUCCAAAUGUUUGGAAAAUAUGUUUUUUGUUUUUUGCCAAGAAUCUGGCUAUGACACAAUCCUGCGCGUCCUUGGAUCCAAUGUCAGAGAAUUUUUACAGAACUUAGAUGCUCUGCAUGAUCAUUUAGGUACCAUUUAUCCAGGUAUGCGUGCUCCAUCAUUUAGGUGCACCGAUGCAGAGAAAGGAAAAGGCCUUAUUUUGCAUUACUAUUCAGAAAGAGAAGGACUGCAGGAUAUUGUUAUUGGCAUUAUUAAAACAGUGGCACAGCAGAUCCAUGGAACUGAAAUAGAUAUGAAGGUUGUUCAGCAAAGAAAUGAGGAAUAUGACCACACACAAUUCUUGAUAGAAGAGAAGGAUUCUAAGGAGGAAGACUUCUAUGAGGAUCUGGACAGGUUUGAAGAAAAUGGGACCCAAGAAUCACGCAUUAGCCCCUACACGUUCUGCAAGGCUUUUCCAUUUCAUAUAAUGUUUGACAGAGACCUUGUUGUUACACAGUGUGGGAAUGCCAUCUACAGAGUCUUGCCACAGCUGCAGCCUGGAAAUUGUAACCUGCUGUCUGUGUUCACUUUGGUACGACCACAUAUUGACAUUAGCUUUCAUGGUAUCCUGUCUCACAUCAACACUGUAUUCGUCCUGCGGAGUAAGGAAGGUUUACUUGAUGUGGAAAAGUCAGAGACAGAAGAUGAACUGACUGUCAAUGAAAUUAGUUGUCUUCGGCUGAAAGGACAAAUGAUCUACUUGCCUGAAGCUGACAACAUUCUCUUCCUCUGCUCUCCAAGUGUAAUGAACUUGGAUGACUUGACCAGAAGAGGUCUAUAUCUCAGUGACAUCCCUCUCCAUGAUGCCACCCGUGACUUGGUACUGCUUGGGGAGCAGUUCAGGGAGGAAUAUAAACUGACUCAAGAACUUGAAAUUCUGACUGAUCGCCUUCAGCACACCUUAAGAGCUUUAGAAGAUGAGAAGAAAAAGACUGAUACAUUGCUGUACUCCGUUCUUCCCCCAUCUGUCGCUAACGAACUCAGACAUAAAAGGCCAGUUCCAGCCAAAAGAUAUGACAACGUCACAAUCCUUUUCAGUGGAAUUGUGGGAUUCAAUGCUUUCUGCAGCAAACAUGCUUCUGGUGAAGGAGCCAUGAAGAUUGUGAAUCUCUUGAAUGACAUUUACACCAGAUUUGACAUCUUGACAGACUCAAGAAAUAAUCCCUUUGUCUAUAAGGUGGAAACAGUUGGAGACAAAUACAUGACUGUCAGUGGUAUCCCAGAGCCUUGCGUUCAUCAUGCACGCUCUAUCUGCCACCUUGCCUUGGAUAUGAUGGAGAUUGCUGGACAGGUUCAGGUGGAUGGAGAAUCUGUACAGAUCACAAUUGGUUUACACACUGGAGAAGUGGUGACAGGGGUUAUUGGUCAGAGAAUGCCACGCUACUGCCUGUUUGGAAAUACUGUUAAUUUGACCAGCAGAACAGAGACAACAGGGGAGAAAGGGAAGAUCAAUGUCUCUGAAUAUACAUACCGGUGUCUUAUGAGCCCUGAAAAUGCUGAUCCUCAGUUCCACUUACAGUACAGAGGCCCGAUUAGCAUGAAGGGCAAAACAGACCCAAUGCAAGUCUGGUUUUUAUCCAGGAAGACCACAGAUGUAAAGGUAUGA